CUGUCUUCACUCUGCGCCAGCGAAGUUUCUCCUUCAGAAUAUGCAGCAAGUCCUUCCUUUGUCACAUUCCCCUCAUAGUAAAUGAGGUUGAAUAACGAGUUUGAAUGCGAACGCUCUUCUUUGAUUGCCACGUCAAGCAACCAAUCGCUGUUAUAUUCGGAGACGUGGGCAUGGAAAUGAGACCAACGUCAGUGGAAAAGACGGAGACCUUUAUUUUGACCGACGUUUUAAUGGGCCAACGGACCUUAAUUUCGGACGCAAAGCCCGCCUUAUCUGCUUCAACUGGUCUUCCUGCACCAACGGCGUUCUAAAAUUAAUGGCCGAGCGGGCGGUACCCGAAGCUCUGAUUGACGUCUCUGCCCUUCCCAUUGGAUUUCCCAAUUGCUGAAAAGAGGUCGGCGCGUGCCGCGAGGGGACCCCUGCCUUCCUAUUGACGUUGGGCCAAUGGCCAUUGAAUGUUGCUGAUGACCGACAGAGCCGGACUGCCAAUGAAAACACGGAGACCGGGGUUUCUUCACCUCGUCCCACCCCUUCUGUUUUGAGUGACGUCGGCGCCGCCCAAUGGGCUCUCAUGUCCCUUCCCUCCGCUGAACGAGGCUGGGGGUUGUCGGGCGAGCGGCUCUCUCUUUCUGUGUCUCAUUCGCAAGAUGGCGGAGGCUGCAAACUGCAUCAUGGAGGUCUCGUGCACCCAGCCAGAAAGCAGCGGAAAGCCAACAGCAGAGGAGAUGACCUCCAAGGAUUACUAUUUUGACUCCUAUGCUCAUUUCGGCAUUCAUGAGGAGAUGCUGAAAGAUGAGGUGCGCACGCUGACCUACAGAAAUUCCAUGUUUCACAACCGGCACCUCUUCAAAGACAAAGUGGUCCUGGACGUUGGCAGCGGGACAGGGAUCCUCUGCAUGUUUGCGGCCAAGGCUGGUGCCAAAAGGGUCAUUGGGAUUGAAUGCUCCAGCAUAUCUGACUAUGCUGUCAAAAUAGUCAAAGCCAACAAACUCGACCAUGUGGUGUCUAUCAUCAAGGGCAAGGUGGAGGAGGUGGAGCUGCCUGUGGAGAAAGUGGACAUAAUCAUCAGCGAGUGGAUGGGCUAUUGCCUCUUCUACGAGUCCAUGCUCAACACCGUUAUUUACGCUCGUGACAAGUGGCUGACUCCUGAUGGGCUCAUCUUCCCAGACCGCGCUACUCUAUAUAUCACAGCGAUUGAAGACAGGCAGUACAAAGACUACAAGAUCCACUGGUGGGAGAACGUGUAUGGCUUUGACAUGUCCUGCAUCAAAGAUGUGGCGAUCAAAGAGCCUUUGGUGGAUGUCGUUGAUCCGAAACAGUUGGUCACCAAUGCUUGCCUCAUCAAGGAGGUGGACAUCUACACAGUGAAGGUGGAGGACCUCACCUUCACGUCACCCUUCUGUCUCCAGGUGAAGCGCAAUGACUAUAUCCACGCCUUGGUAGCCUACUUCAACAUAGAGUUCACCCGUUGCCACAAGCGCACUGGAUUCUCCACCAGCCCCGAAUCUCCCUACACCCAUUGGAAGCAGACAGUUUUUUACAUGGAGGACUACCUAACAGUGAAGACGGGAGAGGAGAUAUUUGGCACCAUUGGCAUGAAACCGAAUGCCAAGAACAAUCGAGACCUGGACUUCACCAUCGACUUGGACUUCAAGGGCCAGCUGUGUGAGCUGUCGUGUUCCACGGAUUAUCGGAUGCGUUAACCUGUCUGCCCUUCUGCUGUUUUCUUUUUUUCCUCCUCUCCUCCCUUCGACCUUCCUCACACCCAGAGCGUAACCCUCUCCUUUACCCUGUUCCGUUGGCAUUUUCACUAAUCCAUUUCAUCGUGUAGUUCCCUUUUUUGCUGCUGUUAAGCUGCAACUCUGGGCCAGCAAGGAAGAGGAGGGGCCAGUAUUAGACGCUGGGAGGGGGAAGAUAGCCAAGACCCCCUCCCCAACCAGAUUGCCCCUCAUUUUUUUCAAUACCUUCCUCUCCCCCCCUCCCCAAGGAACUGAGUCGGUUAGCACAACUGAAAAUGUGCACGUGUUUUUGUCCAUCUGUUCAUCCCAAGGUUGGAGCAGCGCCACAUCCAUCAUGAAGUUUUAUCUCGCUUGUUAAAUCAUUGUUGGUCUCCCCUGCCAAACUGAUGCCCAGAAUCUUUCUGCCUCCUACACAGUGCCCAGAGUAAACUCUGUCCCUCGCUGUCUCCUCCAGAGCAAAUGUUGCUCAGUUUUUUUGGAGGGGGAGAAGAGAGUGCACGUGUCUGUUUAGCAUUCAAUCAGGGGUGUGAGAGAAGAUGGGGAGUCCAAACAGGUUUUUAUCAAGGGGUAUUUGGAGGCAACAUGCGUACAUAUAUGUGUGGAAAAGGCAUCUCUAUUUUGUGGGUGUUUUUUUUCACUGACGAUUUUGUACUUUCUUCCCCUCUCUUAAACUUCCUGUUUGGAUUUGUGGGUAUUUUUGGUUUCUUUUGUUUUU